AGAGACCCAUGGCAAAGGUUGUUUAUUAGUCCUGGAACUGCUCUCUGGAGAGUGGUCAGUAACUGGAAGCUCUCAGAAAACUACAAACGGCUGAAGGCAACUUUCACCGCUUUUCUACAAUGAAACUUCUACAGCUUGCUACACUUUUACUCCUGACUUCAUCAGUACUGUGUGGUGUCAAAGACUUGCACAAACAUUUCAAUAACGGCCCCAGCAGAGCAGAUCCUACGGAGAGAAGUGAGGCAACAGAAAAUACUUUAAAUCUGCAAGAAGACACUGUCACUAAUGAUCUAAUUCCUGAGGGAGAAGAGGAUGAAGACUAUCUGGACUUUGAUAAAAUUUUGGAAGGCGAAUAUGAUAUCGACAUCAUUGAUGCUGCUCCUGAAAUAAAAGAUACAGAAACAGACAAAGGAAACCUUUAUAGGCUAUUCCAUGGGAAAACAAGGGUUCAAAGGCUCAAUAUAAUCAACGCCAAUUUUGGCUUCAACCUUUACCGAACCCUUAAGGACAACACAAAUGCAUCCGAAAACAUUCUCCUCUCACCAGCAGGAAUUUCUACUGCCAUGGCCACGAUAUCACUGGGUACAAGAGAAGAGACUCUAGACCAAAUUCUGUCCACUCUAGGCUUCAAAGACUUCAUCAACGCUAGUUCCAAGUACGAACUUUCCACCCUCCAUAAUGUCUUCCGUAAACUGACUCACAGACUAUUCCGCAGAAACUUUGGCUAUACAUUGAGGUCUGUCAAUGACGUCUACAUCAAGAAGGAUUUCUCUAUUCAAGAAGCCUUCAAGAACCACUUGAAAAACUUUUAUUUUGCGGAGGUUCAGAGUGCCGAUUUUGGGGACAAAGCUUUUCUUACUCAGGCCAACCAGCGUAUCUAUAAGUUAACCAAAGGCCUAGUGAAGGAGGCCCUGGCUAAUGUUGAUCCAUCUCUUCUGAUGCUCCUCGUUAACUGUCUCUACUUUAAAGGAACAUGGGAGAACAAGUUUCCUCUGGAGUUUACACACAACGCGGCUUUCCGUCUGAAUGAGAAGUCAGUGGUGAAGGUACCCAUGAUGAAAACCAAGGGAAACUUUUUGGUUGCAGCUGAUCAUGAGCUGGACUGUGAUGUCCUGCAGCUGCCGUACGUGGGGAAUAUCAGCAUGCUCAUUGUGUUGCCACACAAACUCUCCGGCAUGAAUAGUCUGGAAAAGAAGCUCACCCCACUGGUCGUGGAAAGAUGGCAGCAGAUCAUGACAAACAGAACAAGAGAGGUUUUUCUACCUCGGUUUAAACUGUACAAAAACUACGACUUGAAGGAUGUCCUCAGUACCAUGGGAGUCAAGGACCUGUUCACUAAUGGAGACUUCUCUGGGAUUUCGGAUGAGAAAAUGAACAUUGGACUGUUUCAGCACCAAAGCACAAUCACAGUGAAUGAAGAAGGAACCGAAGCUGCAGCAGUCACCACCGCGUACUUCAUGCCUCUAUCAACACAGACGCGUUUUGUAGCAGACCGGCCCUUCCUCUUCCUCAUCUACGAGCAUCGCACCAACUGCCUGAUUUUUAUGGGAAGAGUUGCCAACCCCACAAAGCUGUAAAUUAUCCAAUUCCAAUUGGAAAGUGAUAACUUGUUUAGCAUUUUUAAUCCAAACACAUUAUGGUAAUGUGCAUACCAGGUAUGAUGCAACAUGAAUCUGUUAAUAUUGUUCUGAGAAAAAACCCACCGGUAAACAGCCAGGGACCACCGCCAACACGGAAGAAAUGCAGUAUAUGGGGUUUAUGUACUAAGUAGGGUGUUGUAGAAGAGCUACGGCAAGAUGAAACAUAUUAACUAUGUGUUAUGAAAAGCCAGGCCUGCCAACUUUCUCCUUCAUCAGUGAUGAGUUGACCCUACACAUUGCUCAUUUAUGGCGGGGAGGAAAAAAACUCAGCAAAUCUUAUUAGUAUGUACUUCCUGCAUACGGAAAACUUACUGAGGCUGGCUAUCCAUAAUGCAUAGAUCUGUCUGUGAGAUUAAAUCUUUCAAUCAUUGCAACUCACAGUUUGGUAAAUAAACCCCCAUCAACCUGUAAUGAAAGGUCCUAAUUAUAUAGCCCAUUCCAAACACCAAUUCAAUCUUCCACAUCAAAAGAACAAACAUUCAGAUUUUUAUUACUCAGGAACAAAAUACAUUUAUCAACCUAC